GUUUUUCAGUGUGACCGCUUCCGUGUUGACCCACGUUGCUUAGCUGGAAUUACAUCUGCGGGUAAAGAUCGAGCUUAAUUAUCCAGGAUGAGGCCGUUAACGGACGAAGAAACGAAGAUUAUGUUUGAGAAGCUGUCGAAAUACAUCGGUGAGAACAUAAAACUUCUGGUGGAUCGACCCGACGGCACCUACUGUUUUAGGCUACACAAUGAUCGUGUGUACUACAUGAGUGAGAAAAUUCUGAAAUUGGCCACAAACAUUUCCCGGGACAAGCUCGUAUCAGUGGGAACAUGUUUUGGAAAGUUUACGAAAACUAGGAAGUUUCGUCUGCACAUCACAGCUUUGGAAUUCCUGGCUCCCUAUGCAAAGUUUAAGGUGUGGGUUAAACCUGGAGCAGAGCAGUCCUUCCUCUAUGGGAACCAUGUGCUAAAGUCUGGGCUUGGGAGAAUCACGGAGAACACCAUGCAGUACCAGGGAGUUGUGGUCUACUCCAUGGCUGAUGUGCCUUUGGGCUUUGGAGUUGCAGCCAAGACGACACAGGAGUGCCGCCGCGUGGACCCCAUGUCGAUUGUGGUGUUCCACCAGGCGGACGUGGGGGAGUUCAUUAGGAAUGAGGACACAUUAACAUAAAGGCUUCAACAAGCAGACUGUCAAAAUCAUCUUUUCAUUAACACUGUUCAGUCAGUGGUUAUUUAAUGUGCCUGGUUCAAAGGCACAGCAGUUACAGAUUGGCCACAUUCCCAAUGCACUCGUCACUGCUUUAAACUGGGAUUCUGGCUAAUAUUUCUUUCUCUUACAGCUUUGAGGAGUCCUUUUUGCUGCAUUUGAGUCAAAUGGAGAUCAACACUUCUGAUCGUUUUGGUUUUGUAAACUGUAUCGGUCAAAUUGUAACUGCAUGAGGCUGUAUAGACCAUAGCAUAUUUUUUAAUAAAGACAACUAAUCUUAAAACCUAAA